UUUUGCUGGCAUAUAGGAGCUUCAACCUCUCAUUCUCUCUCUCUCUCUCUCUCUCUCUCUAUAUAUAUAUAUAUGUAUGAUUUAUAAGCGUCUCUCAUCCACACCUUGCUUUUAGCUCUCUGUUCUCUCCUGGUUUGGUUUGCUUUUUGGAGGAUUUGAACUUGUUAUUGGCACAAAUCCAGAGCUACUCUCCACUUUGAAGGUGCACUCAGUUUCAAAGUCAUUUUCGUUCCUGAUCUCCACCUGAAAGCAAUUUGCAUGAAUUUAAGCUACAAGAAAGCUAACCAAACCAAUGUUUCAUGCAUAUUUUAGCAUUGUUUUUGGUCUCUGCUGCGUUUCUUCGCCUGUGAAUGUAAUAAUUGCAACUUCAGCGAAUACAUGAUUGGAUUCUUCUUCCAAAAACAACAAAAGUUCAUGGAACUUCAAAAAACAGCAAAAGAUCAUCCAUGUCUACUUUCUUUUUCCUUUUUCAUUUUCUAUGUGGGAUUAUGUUCUCUCCAAACAGAAUGGAAGGUACAUUGAAUAAUGCUGAAGCUGCUCAAAGAGAAUAUGAAAGCAUGGAAGAUAUCAACGAUAGAAAAAUGAAAGAAAUGAAGGCUGCAGCUGAGGAAGGAAGAGAUGAAGAUAUCGCCAAAUUAAUUGGGGACGAUCCAUAUGUCCUACAAAGAUUUGAUCGUGUGCCAUACAUUAAUACGCCUUUGCACAUAGCAGCUAAACAUGGCCAUACCCCUUUUGCCAUGGAGAUGGUGAGCUUCAAACCUUCUUUUCUCACCAAGUUAAACCCAGAAGGGUUGUGCCCUUUGCUUGUUGCUUUGCAAAAUGGUAGAAAUGAUUUGGCACUUCGACUUUUAGAGGUGGACCGCGAUCUAAUUCCUUGUGAGGGAAGGAAAAGAACCGUUUUCCUACAUUAUUUGGCUCAAGAAGGGAACAUCGAUCUCCUGAAAAUGUUCUUAAAAGCUUCUCCGAAAUCAUUCCAAGAUAUGACAACAAGAAGAGAGACGGUUCUUCAUGUUACUUUGAAGAAUGGCAAGCUGGACGCUUUUUACUUCCUGGUUGGAUACCUUCAACGAGUCCAGCAUGAGGGCUCUUCAACACAGGAAACAGAGAUCUUGAACCGGAAGGACUAUGAAGGCAACACUAUCUUACACAUUGCAGUGCAAAAGAACAUUUCAGAGGUGGUCGAACUGCUAAUCGAUUGUGGAGUUGAUAUAAAUACAAAGAACACAGAGAAUUUGACUGCUCUAGAUAUUUUAGAUGAUAUGCAAGUAGACAAUCGAGAAGUCAGAAAAAUGCUUAAUGCUGCUGGAGCAUUAAAAGCUUCCAACUUGACUAUUCCAAUACCUUUCACAGCUGAUAGUUUAAAGCGUAUACCCUCUUUCAAGGAGCGUUUGAUAACAUCUAUCAUUCGUUUCAAAAGAGAUAUACCACAUGAUACACGCAAUGCAUUGCUGGUGAUCACCGUGUUGAUAGCAACAGUCACUUGUCAGGGUUCACUCACCCCACCUGGAGGAGUUUGGCAGGACAGCAACUCAUCAACAGCACAAGUUCACCAGGCAGCAUUAUCUCACAACAUGACAUUGACGGGUCCACUGCUGACAGUCUCAACAACAGUACUAAUUGCCAUUGCAGCCUUCACCAAUUUUCCAAUGCUGCUCUUGUUCUGUGCUCUCAACAUGUUACUGCUUUCUUUCUAAAUAGUAAGUAUCAAAUGUUUAAUUUUUAACUGAAUUUUUUUUUUUUUUUUUUUUUGGCAUUGGAAUCUGUUUUCGUAACAAUUUAGUUUUCUAAUGGUUAUAAUUCAGUCCAUCUUCAGUUUCUUAAAAUAUCAUUGAGUUUUGGUUCUCGUGUU